GGCGUUGAGGCAGUGACCGAGGGGGGAGAAAACGUUCAUCCAGUUUGCUUUUAACUCUGGACUCGGCUUUCUCCACAGGCCAUUCGAUGUUUAACUUUUCAACAGCCCUGGUCACUAUCUCUAAUAGCUCCUCAUAAGCUGGUAAAGCUGAUGGCGGUACAUCAUCGACACCCUCUACAUCAACCUCCUCGGAGGAAGAUAUAUUGAGCAUCGGUGCCUCUCUUCGGGGGGAAGAAACCGCUACGCGUGCUUCCGCCACCAAAGGAGAGACACUGGGUCUAGCGGGUAAGGGAAGCGAUAAGGCAGGGCCCGUCUCUUCCCCCUCCGCUAGAUCCAUCUGUGAACCCCACGAGUGCAGCCUGCGCUGUGCCUCGGCAGCAGCGGGACCAGACCCGCGGGGAACACUCGCCUCGGCGCCCUCCUCGAAGAGCGCUCGACGCGAUCGCAGCACUCUGAGGGUGAGCCGCUCACAGUGCACACAGACGGCUCCCUCGAGAGCCGCCUGUGCGUGCUCAACCCCCAGGCAUUUAACACACAUAUCGUGUGUAUCCCCUUCCACAAUGAAGCGUGGGCAGGGAGGAACACACUUUCUGAACUGCUGCUUUUCCGCUAUAAUAUUUCUUUUAUAUGUCUUUAUAUUGUGCUUUGAAACUCUUGUCCUCGGACGAAGAGAUCACUGUGUGAAUGUAUCAGACAGACAACAAUAAAUAAGACAAACGAGAUACAGAGAGCGCUUGCUGAAGACAACAGAAGCUGGCGUGCUUUGUGUUCAGAUGUGCUUUAUAGCUUGUGACGUCACCCGCCUCUGACGUCGCGUCUUUUCAUUGGUUGGAUACAGAGGUGCUUCACGAACACAAAAUACAGAGGGUUCCCAUCACGUCAUCCGACGUAGCGUCGAUAGUUCCCACGAAAGGGAAGCUCAGAUAGUCAUGUGUCAUAUCUCAUGGAGUGGAAUACAAGGAUAAUUGUUUUGGGCUUUGACUAAAUUUGAGCUUGUUUUUUUGUACACGAAGCCCAUUUGUAAAUAAUAUAUGGAUGUGGCAUUUGUCACAUUCAUAACUUGAAACAUUCUUUGAUUGCAGAAAAUGGCACAUCAUUAUUUACAGUUUUUUUGUUAUUAUUAUUUGCUUUGGUACCAUUUUCACAAGGUGUAUAUUUUCAAAACUCUUAGUACAAAACUCCAAACUGAUCACACUUGUAACACAGCUAGUCAUUCUUUCAAAACUUGAUCUCACGCUUUCAUUCUAGCUGUACAUAUUUUCAUUCUACAUAAUCACUAUUUCAAAACACAAGAUCAUUGUGAUAUUUAAUGAGAACAUUUGAUUCAGUCACCAAAACACAACAGUAUGUUCUUGUUUCAGUUUAGUACUUUUAACAAUCAGUUCAUUCAAUAGCAAACGAUGCAAGAUACAUGUUUCAAAUCACCCUUGUUGCUGAAAUAAUUAGUUACACAGGAUACAGAUGCCACAUUAGAAAAUACACGUACAUUACCUACAUUACAUAAUUGACAGAAAAUCCAUAAUGUUUGUAAUAGUAUCUAUUCAGUUCUAUCAAAAGGUGCGAUGAAGUAUGACACAGUCAUGAGGUUUUGUGUAGAACAGAGUUUGUUGCCAAUACAGUAAUUGUUCUCACUGUACCAUAAGAUUGAAUCUAUACUCUAGUUGACCUUUUUCUAAAAACUUAAAAAGUGUUCUAUCAAACGUCACCUACCUUUUGACUCUCCUAUAGUUUUGAGGUUAUGAGUCUUUACUUUUGUGUACUUUUUGUGUAUAUUUGUCAUUUAGAAAAAACAACUCUAAAAUGCCUUCAGGGCUUAAGGGGCUAAACAAAUCCUACACUUUACACAGUGUGAACUUAAACAGAUAUUUCUUUCUUUUUGUCUUUUUGCAAGAGAGUUUCUCUAAUAUGUUUUCUGAAAAUGGAGUAUUUUAUUUUAUUCGCUAACAGGUUUCAAUAUGAGACCUUAGAUUCAGACUUCCAGACUCACAGGAACCACAAGAAUUUCACAGACAAUCUCCUGUGGAUCUUCCAGGCUCUUGAGGGCAAAAUAAUAACAUUUCUGAAGAAUGAAAUGGAAAAAUUUAAGAACAUUUUGCAAAAAGAGAAAACUCAAUACUUUGUGAAGGACUUUAAUGAGAAUAGAUGCCGUAUCAAAUCAGCAGUUCUUGAUCUCACACUACACUACCUGAGAGAGAUGAAGCAAGAUGAAGCUGCUGAUACUCUAGAAGAUGAGCUGUUCUUCAAUCAUCAGCUAAAAUCUAACCUGAAGAAGAAGUAUCAAUGUAUGUUUGAAGGAAUUGCAAAGCAAGGUGACUCCACACUUCUGAAUAACAUCUACACAGAUCUCUAUAUCACUCAGGGUGGCAGUGAACCGGUCAAUACCGAACAUGAGGUCAGACAGAUUGAAGUUGCUUCCAGGCGUCAAGAAUCACAAGAGGUACCAGUUGAAUGCAAAAAUUUGUUUAAAGCACAUGAACAAGACAAGAAGAUCAGAACUGUACUUACAAAAGGAGUUGCUGGCAUUGGAAAAUCUGUCUCUGUGCAAAAGUUUGUUCUGGAUUGGGCUGAAGGAAAAGAAAAUCAAGAUAUCAACUUCAUAUUUCCUCUUCCAUUCAGAGAGAUGAACUUAAAGAAGAAAGAAAAACAAAGUUUGAUGGGUCUUAUAUCUCAAUGUUUCCCAGAGACAAAAGGACUGAACCUUACAAGUAAUCAAUUCAAAGUCCUGUUCAUCCUCGAUGGAUUGGACGAAUGUCGCCUUCCUCUGAAAUUUGAUAAUGAGAUAUGGUGUGAUGUAUCAUCACCAGCCUCUCUGGAUGUUAUCCUAACGAACCUCAUCAAAGGAAAUCUGCUUCCUUCUGCUCUCAUCUGGAUCACCACCAGACCAGCAGCUGCCAGUAAGGUUCCUCCUGACUGUAUCGAUCAGCUGACAGAGAUAAGAGGAUUCAGUGAUGUGCAAAAGGAGGAGUACUUCAGAAAAAGAUUCACAGAUGAGAAAAUGGCCAAUGAAAUCACUGAUCAUGUUAAACAAUCAAAGAGUCUCUUUAUUAUGUGCCACAUCCCAGUCUUCUGCUGGAUUUCAGCCACUGUUCUCCAGAACAUUUUAGAGGGAAAAAGAAAUAAUUAUCUGAAAAAAGCUGAUGAGACACUACAAGAAUCAAAUACUAAAGACACUCCCAAGACUCUGACAGAAAUGUACACACACUUUCUCCGCUUUCAGAUCCAGCAGAGCAGACGAAAGUAUGAUGGAGAAUUCACACCAGAUGUUUCCUGGGAUAAAAAUGUCAUCCUUUCACUGGGGAAACUGGCAUUUCAUCAGCUGGAAAAAAACAAUGUUAUCUUCUAUGACACCGAUCUGAAAGCCUGUGGUAUAGAUGUCUAUAAAACAUCAGUGUAUUCAGGCAUGUGUACCCAGAUCUUUAAGGAGGAAAGAGGGCUUAUUCUUGGUACCAUGUACUGCUUUGUUCACUUGAGCAUUCAAGAGUUUAUUGCAGCUCUUUAUGCACAUCUCUUUCUAGACAUCAACAAGAAAAGUGUGUUUGUUCAUGAGUCUACAGAACAGGAAAACAAAAAUGAAGCCAUGAUUGAUUUGCUCAAGACUGCAGUGGACAAGGCGCUCGAAUGUGACAAUGGACAUCUGGACCUUUUCCUUCGCUUCCUCCUUGGUCUGUCGCUCCAGUCCAAUCGGCGAUUCUUACGAGGUUUAUUGAUGCAGCAAGACAGCAAUGAUCAAAGCAAAAAGGAAAUAGUUCAAUACAUCAAGCAGAAACUUGAAGAUAAUCUGUCUCCAGAGAGAUCCAUCAAUCUGUUCUAUUGUCUGAAUGAACUGAAUGAUCAAACACUGGUAAAAGAGAUUCAGACUCACCUUAGCAAAGGAAGUCUCUCAUCUGCUGACCUUUCACCUGCCCAGUGGUCUGCUUUAGCCUUUGUGUUGUUGACAUCAGAGGAAGAGCUGGAGGAAUUUGAGCUUCAGAAAUUCAAGAAAUCAGACGAGUGUCUGAUUAGAUUAUUGGCAGUCAUCAAAACCUCCAAAAGAGCUCUUUUAAAUGAUUGUAACUUAACAGAAAGAAGUUGUUCAGCUCUGGCUACAGUUCUUGGAUCAGAUACCAAUCUAAAAGAGCUGAACAUGAACAAUAAUAAUCUGCAGGAUUCAGGAGUGAAGCUGCUCUGUACUGGACUGAAGAGUGUAAAGUGUACAUUUGAGAUACUGAGGUCAGUGGUUUGACAACAGACAAAAUUAAAGGUGUGAUUUGUUUUAGAUAUUCUUUACAAAAUACAGACCUGCCAACGUGUAUGCAUUUUGCAUAGCGGGUACGCAUUUUGACCUCAAAGUACGCUGGUACGAUUUGUCACUCUAUACUACGCAAAAACCCGGUGACUCCUCUGUGCACGCGUAGUACUCUAAUCCA